CGCCCGCUCAUAUAAAGGCAGACGACGCGCCGCUCCGCAGUGUUGGCCUUGUUCUCCGCUUUUCUGUGGGUUUUUUUUUUUUUAUUUGCAGACCUCGCCCUGCUCUCAUCAGCCUCUGGCCCGCCAUCUCCUUGAAUCCUAACACUAUGCCUUCAAUUAAGUUGCAGAGUUCUGAUGGAGAGAUAUUUGAAGUUGAUGUUGAAAUUGCGAAACAAUCUGUGACUAUUAAGACCAUGUUGGAAGAUUUGGGAAUGGAUGAUGAAGGAGAUGAUGAUCCAGUCCCCUUGCCAAAUGUUAAUGCAGCAAUAUUAAAAAAGGUCAUUCAGUGGUGCACCCACCACAAGGAUGAUCCUCCUCCUCCUGAGGAUGAUGAGAACAAAGAAAAGCGAACAGAUGAUAUCCCUGUUUGGGAUCAAGAAUUCCUGAAAGUUGACCAAGGAACACUUUUUGAGCUUAUACUGGCAGCAAACUACUUAGACAUCAAAGGUCUGCUUGAUGUUACCUGCAAGACUGUUGCCAAUAUGAUCAAGGGGAAAACUCCUGAGGAGAUUCGAAAGACAUUCAAUAUCAAAAAUGAUUUUACUGAAGAAGAGGAAGCCCAGGUACGCAAAGAGAACCAGUGGUGUGAGGAGAAGUGAAAUUUUGUGUCUGAUGCUGUAACACUGUAAGGAUUGUUCCAAAUACUAGUUGCACUGCUUUGUUUAUAAUUGUUAAUAUUAGAAAAACAGUCCACAAAUGCAGCAGCAAAUCAGUUGUAUUAGCAGAAUGUUGUCCUCAUUGCAUGUGUAGUUUCAGUACAGAUUCCAAACUUACGGCUCAGUUUCUUCUAGUAUGAUAAAAAGUUCUUUUUUCUUUGCUCUGAAUAAAAUUGAACUGUGGGUUCUCUAUAGAAAGUGGCAUUUUGGGCUUUCCCUCUUUUUGUAAAGCAAUUUAUGCCUAGUUUAUUGUCCAGUUAACUUUAGUUUAGUGACUUUUAAAAGUUGGCAUUGUAAAUAAAACAACUUGCAAAAAAUUUUCUGAAAUAGAAUUAACAACGUAUUAUCUUUAUUCAUGAGUUGGAAACUGGAAAAAGGCUGAUUGAGGUAAAUGUUAUCAGAGUGGGGUUAUCAGAAUGUCUUCCAGCUUCCUGGAGUCCACUGGUAUUGAUUAGCCUGUAUGUAGCAGGGCUCCCUUAAUUGGAUCUGAGGACUUGUUUUUGCAUUUUUAAUCCUCUCAGCUUUGAAUAUGUUGGCUAGAGGCUCAUUUACUACUCAGUUUGUGGUUUGGGAGGAAACAGAAUUAGACAGUUCGCUGGCUUUUCUAUUAAAAGAGACACUUAACCCAUGUGGUGUGUCAUCUUUUUAUAAUCAGUAAUCCUAUGUGGGGAAAACCAUAAACACUACUUGCAUGUAAAAAAUAAUUUAACUUUUAAUGUUAAAAUGUAUGGCAUUACCCAGAAAGCAUCAGUCACGAAUGCAAGAUACUUUCAAUAAAAAGUAAGUUACGUA